AUGGCCAAAUGCUCAAAUAUCCUUUUAGUGGCUUUGGCUUUGUCAGACAUCACUUUUUUGAUAUCAUUUAACAGCCUGCCUAAGGUUCUCUACGAGGCUGUGUGGAACCACGAAUAUGUUGGCUACUCCAAGGCCAGCUGUGAUGUACUGUUCAUUUUGUUUAGUAUAUUUACUCUACUGGACUACACGUUUGGUCUCUUGGGAAUCACCCUGCCAAUGCUGAUCACAGCGGAGAGACUUGUGGUCAUCUUUCUUCCGUUAAAUUUCAGCCAGGUGCUGACCCCAACGAGAACGUGGCUAGCUGUGUUUGUAAUGGCCGCCUACUGGCUUUCAAUUUGUAUUUACAGUAGCUUUUGGCAGGGUCUGGAUUAUUUUUUUGAUCCCGCGAGAAAUCAAUCAGUUGGGAUCAUCGUUAAGUCAGCCUUUUUCUUUCAACAUGAAGAUUCUGUAGACACCAUUAACCACAUGAUUAUCUUCUCCAGCAUGGUUAUCCCGCCUAUUUUCACGGUGACAGGAUGUGUCGUCAUUUCCGUCAAAAUUCAACUGGCGCUCAUCAAACGACAAAAGAUGACGUCAACCACUCGCUCUAUGAACAGGACGACCAGGACAUUGCUGGCAGUCUGCGCCAUCUACUGUGUCACUGCUGCAGUACUGUCAAUGCCACUCUAUCUUCCGCAAGAAUACGCCUCUUACUCUUUGACAGAUAAAUCGCCGACCAAUAUGGGGAAACUAUUCUAUCAGCUGGUGAACACUGUCACUUGUAUCAACAGUUCCAGUAAUUUUAUUGUGUACGUAGGUUUAAACAAGCAAUUUAGAAUGACUUUAAAGAACAUUAUUUAUUGUUCUAAGUAA